CGUCUGAGGCAACGAGCUCACUCCAUAGGCGCUGGACACUAUACUUACUAUCUCUUUAUUUCCUUUUAUCUUGCUCAAACCUUAACCCACACUACACUCGUUUUCUACCUAGCAACCACUGCAUCCAAGUGCUCCGAGUUGUUGCAUUUUACCGUCCGUUUGCCCUCUCACCUGUUCUCGACGCGCCAUUGGAUGUCUGUCUCGCUCGGAAGCCCAUACUCACCUAUUCGGCCCACAUCAAGAUCAUCAUCACGCAAUUCCAAUCGCUCGUUCCGGACACACUCUCCCUCCCUCUCUCCCUCCCUCUCCUCUGAUGACCCAGUUGCCGUGCGCAACCAGAUAUCGACGCUCAGACACUCCAUCCGGCUGCAGCAGGCCCAGCUACACUCCUUAGAAGACAUCAUCCUCGCCGGCCCCCGCCCCCUCCCCCUCGGAUUCAUGAUGCCCCUCUCCCCAGGCACAACCACCCAGGACGACUCCGUCCUCGACAUCAGUCCCUACCCCGCCCCCGGCACCCCCAAGAUGCAGCGCCGCAACAGCCACGACCACCUCCAGGGCCUCGCCGGUCGCGACUCGGGUCUCCCGCUCCCGCUGCAGCAGGACGGGAUCAGGGAGGGCGUUCCGACGGACUUUGGGACGCCGUCCAAGGACGCGAUGAGGCGGCAGCACAGCCUCGACCGCUCACUAAGUCGGAUACCAGUUUCAUCUGUAGGCAACGCCCGGGCUCUCGCGGAAGAGGGCAAUCCCGCGAACAGGGGAAUGUCACCCACGCCGCCGUCGCCGUCGGGAAGAGAUGGCGGGAGGCUGAGCGUGAUGUCGCCUACCGGGCAGCCCUCGUCUCCGAAUAAACGCUUGUCGUUUACGCCUGGUGGAACGACCAGGGUGCUAGCGGAUCUGCAGACGGGCGUUAUCAAUGCACGAAACGCGCUCGAGAACACCAAGUCCCAGCUUCGAUUGUCCCAGCGCACGGUGGCCCAGCUCACCCGGCAAACGGAGGAUCUGAAGGAGAGCCGGGAAAGGCUGAGGCUGGAGAAUGAAGGGCUGAAUAAUGUCGUCGCUCGUAAGGAGCGGCUACUACAGGAGGUCCUUGAGAGAGCCCGCAAAGCUGAAGCCGAAGCAGCAUCCAUGAAAUCCCAGCUAAAAACCGAAACCUCGGCAUCCAAGAAAUCCCUUCGUGAAAUGGAAGCCUCCCUCGCCGAGUCGACGGCCUUGUCCCAGAAAUCCGAGCGCGAGUACGUCACACUCCGCGAUAGCAUCAAGAGCAUGGCCGAGGGCUGGAAGGUGGAUACGGAGCGCCUGCGCGAAGAGAUGAGGCGGCGGGAGGACAUGCUGAAGAAGGAGGCGGAGAUGAUGGGACAGAAGUACCAGCGCCUCGUCGCGGAGGUGCGCGCGGCAGAUGGCCAGCGGGAGAGCAUGCGGGAGCUGAAGCACGCGCACGAGAAUAUUCGCAAGGAGGCGGAGGACUGUUUCCGGCUGGAGAUCGGGCAGCUGCGCACGCAGACGGAGGAGUUUUCGAAGAAGAGCGAUGAGUCGAACCAGAUUGCAAAGUGCCUUGCCAGCGAGCUAGCCCGACUCCGACGGCUGAUGCAGGCCGCUGGGCGAUCGCCGCCGCAGUCGAUGAUCAUGGACGACUCUGCGCCCGACGUGUCUGCAUCUGCGGAUGGGUCUUCAUGAGAGGUUCAUCUCUGCCUUUACCUUCGUUUUUCUUGUCUUUGAUUUUUGAUUUCAUUACAUCAUGGUCUUAUUCCCUGCAUCUCGAAGGAUCCGUUCAUAUAUCCUGCUGAGGACUGCCUGCAUUUACGCAUACCAUGUAUCAUAUAUCCUAGUCGCUCCAGGGCCCACAUUGUUUCCUUGCUUUAAUUAAAUGCUAGCAUCGAUCCUAUGGCUUAUAACCUACUCGCAUAAAUAUC